UACUGAUUAAUAUCCGGAUAGAUUGUCGCACUGUCUUGCUACUGAUUAAUAUCCGGAUAGAUUGUCGCACUGUCUUACUACUGAUUAAUAUCCGGAUAGAUUGUCGCACUGUCUUACUACUGAUUAAUAUGUACGUCGGAUGACGCGAUUGUGUUAUGACGAUGACGCGACACAACAUCGCGUUAUCGAUAUCGAAUCAUAGUGCUAAUUUGGGUCGAUGGUACAAUGUUGCGAUGUGGUGGACGCAAUAGCAUGGUUCUAUAUCACGUCAUCACACCACUGACUUACAAGCCGAUAGUACUUAGGACAGCGUGAGAGUGAGCAACGUGACCCUAUCUGGAUUCCAUAGUAUCUGGAUUACCUCUUCAUACACCUUGUAACAAGUGCAUAGUAGUUGUUGCAAUGCAAUGUUACCUUUGUGUGUUAAAGACAAGCGUACGACGACUAGUGUCAAUCAUUGUACCUGCUGCUUCGUGUGACAAAUAAGCGCAGUUUGGAUUAGCUCUUUUGUAUACGUAAAUUUUUGGCGAGAGAAUUACAUUAUCAGUACUUAACUAGAUUAAAUGAAUGCGUCUGUAUGCACAGCUGAUUCCAUUCAUUGGCCGUACUGUUUCUGAUCUUUCGACCUGAGUUUAUACGGCUGAUAUACAACAAAGGUAAGCCUCUAUAAAACGACAUUGGAAUAUUUUUUCCGAUCUGUAAGUCAUUCUGAGAGGGUAGUACUGACAUUUAAAUCAUACUACGCUAAUUGCAGUUAUUUCUUGGUAUAAGACGGUGUGUUUGUCCACAUAAAUGACUUGGUUGACGGGAGGUAGAUGUGGGAAAUAUCACAGACUGGAUGUAGAUGAGAUUCUGCCUGGUGUAUUUAUCUCUGGAUGUGCUCCCGCAGCUGAUAAGGCUCUCCUACAGAGACUUCAAAUUACUCAUAUAGUCAACAUGGCGUCCUUGUUUGGAAACAAAUUUCCUGAGUCGUUUUCCUAUUUUAGAAUAGAAAUAGAAGAUAACGAGGACGAGGAGAUCAAAUCACAUUUUUACAAAGUUUUCAGUUUUAUUGAAAAAUCUUUAAAUGUAGGAGGGCGUGUUUUAGUUCACUGCAAUGCUGGGGUGUCAAGAGCGGGAACCAUGGUAACUGCGUACGUCAUGAAAAGCAAGGGUUCAAGUCUUAAAGAUGCUUUGAAAUUUGUUCGGUCCAAAAGACAGAACAACCCAACCAUUCCAAAUGAUGGUUUUAUGAAGGAACUAAAGAAGUUUGAAAAACAACUGUCAGACAAGAUAUCUUGUCAGACAUCAGUGUUUCCAUAUAAGCCUCAAUGACGAAACUGUCAUAUUAUAUAAUCUGGUUCCCUGACUGAGGGAAGAAUGCAGAAGCAAGUAGGAUUGAUGAACCAGUCUACGAGCCGAGUGAUACCUCAAAGUAUAUAUAGCCAAUACUCGCUGGACGAUAUACAGUUUGAUUAGAAGAGAUCGUAUCCAUUGCAAUAUGCAAUGCACGUGUUUCCGGACCACAUAUAAACUGAUGAUAUAUUGCUCACACAAUCAUGGAAGACACGCAGUAAAGCCAUCGUGAAUGACCACUGCAUAACUUCCAGUUCAUCAAAUUAAUCUGGGUUUAUCUGUAUUUUAUGGCCCAUUUUACUACACAAUAAGCUUACAGAAAGUACAUAUGUUUAAUGUUUUACAAUUCGUUUUUAGAAGGCUAUUGUACUUCCAGUCAAAGCCUACGUUUCCCAAUAUUUAUAAUAAUUAAGGUAUAUGCCAUAGUGACUUGUGGUUUACUAGUAGUUUAUAUGAUAUAUUGAAUUUGUUAAACUAAUAUACACAGUAGAUGAACAUUAAGUAUUCGAUUUUUCAUAUGUAUACUAUAUACUUGUUCAUGAGCUUCCCGAGACAUUACUAUUAUUUUAUUCUUGAUUGUUGGCUUUAUUUUCAUUUUCAAAUUUAAAAAUAUAUAUAUAUAUAUUUGGUAUAUAACGUGUAUGACAUGUACGUGAGUUGUUUAUUCAGUUGAAUACUCUUUAAUCGUCAAAAUUGAAAGAACGAUCUCAAUGAUAUUUCCAGAUUUAUUAUGAAAAUUUUAUGAUGAACACGCUAAAAGCAAAUUACCAGUUUGUAAUAAUGACGAUUAUGUUUCGAAAAAUACAUUUUUCAGUAAAAUAUAUGUACAUAUAGUAAAACGAAUAUUUAUGGUCAUCUGCCUAACCUCAAAUAAAAAUCUACAAAGCGACAUGAUGCAUUCCAUAACGACAUACAGUUUCAGUCCAAAGAAGAAAAAAAGAAUUGGUACAUGAUGUAUAAAGGGGGAAUUGAUUACAAUAAAUAUUCCUCCAAAUCAA